UGUUCACUGAAAAUCAUACCAUAGAAAUGUCCAAAACAAAUUUUAAUCAAGUGUGUUAAUUUGAUUUAAAUGACAUCUUUCAAAUUGUGCACAUUUUCUUGAAAUACACUCUAGUCAAAUCAGAAAUCAUGAGUUCAGGAACUGAAACAGGUGAUAAUUCCAACACAAUUUCCACUAGAUUAGCGACAAUUUCUGUUAUACUUAUUUUUCUAACGUCACUAUUAGCUCUUGGUUUAGUGUACAAUGCAUUCCCAGAAGUAACUGAUGAAGAGAAACAACAUAUCAGAGUCCCAUGGAACAUAGAACAAGCAAAACAAUUAGGAAUCGUUUUGAACAGAUACAAAUCAGACCACUACUUUGAAGUUAUGGGUGGAGUGUUCGUUACCUAUAUUUUCCUGCAAACAUUUGCAAUUCCAGGUUCACUGUUCCUGUCGAUCCUGUCAGGAUAUUUAUUUCCAUUCACACUGGCUCUGACUCUUGUUUGUACAUGUUCAGCAGUGGGAGCAUCACUUUGUUUCCUCUUGUCACAGCUCUUGGGAAGGAAACUGGUGCAGGCCUAUUUUCCUGAAAAAGCAAAACAAUGGGCUAUCCAAGUUAACAAACACAGAGACAAUUUAUUCAAUUAUGUGGUAUUUCUUAGGGUAACACCAUUUUUACCUAAUUGGUUUAUAAAUUUGACUGCCCCAGUUAUUGGCGUGCCUUUGGUGCCUUUUGCUUUGGGAACAUUUUUUGGGGUGGCCCCACCUUCAUUCAUUGCCAUACAAGGUGGUCAAACGUUGCAUAAUUUGACCGCCACUGAUACUGCCUUCAAUUUAACUAGUGUUUUAUGGCUGGUUAUAUUUGGAGUUGUAUCUCUUAUUCCCAUUCUGUUCAAGGGAAAACUUAAAGAUAAGAUUGAAUAGGAUAUUUUUAGGUUUAUGUUAAUUCCAAAUUUUAGGUUGUUUAGCCAAAUAUUUGUGAGUAUCAUUAAAUGUUCAUAAUCAAGGAAUGUUGUUAAUUUUAUGAUAAAAUUAUUUAUUUUAUGUUUAAUUUAUUGGCUCAAAGUAAAUCACAUCAAAAUACUCCUCUAAUGUACUAUAAGAAGUGUACAUUUUUAAGUCAGUGUUGUAUUUAUGUGAUUAUUUUCAAUAAAAAGAUUUUAAAAGUCUAAAAUUUGUAACAGCUCAGUAUUUAACAUAAUAUAUUAAGGACAAUAUAACUUAUACAGGAUUUCACUAGAAGUUUAGUUCACAAAUCAUUCCGUGAAACUUACACGUUAUUUUUAUAUGUGUAUAAAUUAGUUGACGGGUAAAUGUGAUUUUUACUGGGUGAUUUUAUAUAUGAGUGAUGCUGUUAAAUAAUAAAAAAAUGAAAAACUA